AUGAGCAUUGAGCAGUCGGACACCGUCACCUGGCACGCCGGCAGCUUGACGUCAUUACAGCCGCGCGGCCGGACACCGUACGCCGCGCGCGCUUACCAGGAAGGGGGAGAAAGCCUGGCUGCCACCAUGCCUCCAGUCCGGACACAUGAGGCCGAUGGCUCCAUCCGCUCUUUCCUGGAGAGUGCCGGUGUGCCAAAGACUGAGCUAGACAAGGCGCUCACCAAGUGUCCCCGCCUAAAUGACGUCAGCGUAGAGGGCCGUCUGCGCCCCAAUGUGGAAUACCUCAGGAGCAUCGGCGUAAAGAGAAAGGACCUCGGCAAGAUGAUUGCUCGCCACCCCAUGGUGCUGGCGUACAGCAUGGAGGAGAAGUUUGUGCCGAUGGUGGAGUGCCUGCAGGGCCUCGGCGUCAAGAAGGAGCAGGUUGGCCUGCUCAUCACGCGCUUCCCCCAGGUGCUGGGCCACUCCGUCGAGGAGAAGCUCGUGCCCACCCUCGCCUUCCUGCAGGGCGUCGGUGUCAAAGUCGCCGACAUGGGCAAGCUUUUCGCCGGCUUCCCCCGCCUGCUCAGCUACAGCGUGGACCGCAAGCUGCAGCCCGUCGUGGAGUUCCUGGCCUCUGCCGGAAUCAAGUCCGAGGACAUCGGACGCGUCGUGACCAAGUGCCCGCAGCUCUUCUGCUACAGCAUCGAGGCGCGCCUGCGCCCCGUCGUCGAGUUCCUCAAGAGCAUCGGCGUCCAGGACACCGCCCUCGCCAAGGUGGUGCUGCGCGCGCCGCACGUGUUGAGCCGCAACGUCGAGACGGUGCUCAAGCCGGCGUAUGAGUCCAUCCUCGCCAUGGGCUUCAGCCCUGACAAGGUCGCCCAGAUGGUGGUCAGCUACCCUGACCUGCUGGCCAAGGACGUGACCAACUCCCUGGCCCCCAAGCUGGAGUACCUCACGAACGCGAUGGGCCGCACCGUCGACGAUGCCGUUGCGUACCCCGAGUUCUUCAGCUACAGCCUGAAGCGGAGGAUAGAGCCCAGGCACAGGAGGCUAACAGAGCACAACGUGACGUCCUUCACGCUGAGCAACAUGCUCUCUGGCAACGAUAGGAAGUUCUACUCGCGCUUUGGGGUCGCCACGCUGCCCGCCAACCUGAUUCCGGGCACAGCGUAACUGGUCGUGGUCUUGAGUGCCACACACGGAUUGUGCGGAAGUGAGCUGGGAAGAGGUUUUGGGUCAUGGACCCAAGUAGAAGGUCUUUGAGCAACCCUGAGUUUUAUGGCUCUUCUUAACCCGGCAGGGCCGUUUUAGGCCCUUUCGUAUGAGGGCUUAAAUGCGUGCAUGCAUCUUUGCUCCUCAAUCAUGACCAACAAGCAACCAGGCCGCCAUGUUGUCCAGCAGCCAUCCCUUAUUGAAGACGCGCUCCAGCAGUAAUAGUUGCACACGAGGAAUGGCCUUGAUUCCGAU